UGCUCAAUGCCAGCACAUUCGCCAAUAUCAGCUGUUACUGCACCGAAAUUUAAUUAGCAACGUAAACAAUAAAAGAAAAAGAAAAAUGAAAUUAAUAGCAUACAUACUGCUGUUACCGUUUGCUUUCCACUCUGCACAUGCCCACUCGCAGACCGCCUCGAAUCCCAUCAGCUCACCGAUUAGCGAAUGUCCCGGUCGCAGUGUAUCCCAGGUGAGGCGGGGAGCCCUCGAGUUUGAACUCUCGGUGCUGUUUUACUACGUGUCGUGGUCAAGCGAGGCAAGAUUAGCUCGACUGGUGUACAAUGCUGUGGCAAAUUACUACCAUGAUUACGCCUACUUUGGUGCAGUCGACUGCUGGCACUUGCAGUGCAAUUGCAGCCGGACAUUCGGACCCAUUCCAGCUGGAGCCGGUGGCUAUCCAAACAAAUAUCCGACACUAAUUGUUCGUUACGGUCGAAAUAUGAUGAUUGAUUACCAAGGAGCUUGGCAUUUUGAUGAUUUGUCACGAUUUAUGAACAAUUUAAUUCAACCCUUAGACCGAAUCCAUUCGAGCGGAGAGCUGUCCGAGCUAAGAAAGAUAGCCGAUGCAGUUGUCCUGGCGUUAGUAAGCUCAGCAGACGAUCAAGCCUACAGACGGUUUCGGUCAGCAGCGGUUCGUUGGUUGGAACUUGAUCCGGAGAGAAAUAUACGGUUUACGGUUACUUUCGGCCAGAGUGCCAGGCAAAUGCUGAAGGAGCAAAAUUCAGUGUUACCUCAACUGGUGCUGAUCGACAGUCGGAAUGGUGUGCAUUUCUACAAUACGACAACCAACGAUUGGACAUCCAUGGAUAUAUUAAGAUGGGUGAGAAGUUCACUGAAGAGUUUCUCCUUAAUCUCGAAUGGCUAUGGCAACCCAAUGACAAUAGCAGCGAAGGCUCGCCAUAUGCCGGUGCUGGCCAUGGGCAUUAAGAUGCAUCACCAGCAGCAGCAGAGUGCCAUGCCUCUGGUGAUGGGUGAAGAGCAGGCCAUCGUGCAGAAGAAACAGCAAGAAGAUUGCGAUCGACUUUGGAGCGAAGAAGAUGAAUCUAGGGAGGAGCAGGCAAUUGAUCCACUACAAUGGCCAUCGGUGUCCUGGCAACUUAAUGGCACAACUUUAGCCAACUAUUACGAAAUUAAUAGAUAUCUCGAUCGUCUUUGGCUUCAUUAUAGUCAUCAAAAUGUUGAACCAAAGGCCACUCAACCAGUUCAUUUGAUGGCUUUGCAUUCUCGGAAUCGAUGCCUUGCUCAUACCCAACAUGGCACGCCCUCGCUAAAGAUUAGCAUAGCCAAAAUGGUGACCAAAUAUGGCCAUCUGAUUUGGCAACAUUCCGCCGAAAAUCCACCACAGAAUCGCUCAUUGGGCGUGGUGCUGUUCGAUUCCAUCAAAUAUAAGGAUUACCUGCAACAAUUGGGUAUAAUUCAAAAUCAUCAAAGUCCCCACGCCUUGGUGCAAGUCUUUAUCCUGGAUCUGGCAGAAGAGGCUCUGCAUGUGAUGCCUCAGCAUCAUCAUCAAGCAUUCUCCUAUGUGGCACUGAAGGACUUUAUACGACAGUUCUAUGCAAGAACUUUGCCUAGAAUACAUAAGAACUCAUUGCUUCCGCCCAAUUCACUGUUUGUCUCCAAUUACAAUCGACAGCUAUUGCUCCAAGCUCUGCAGCGUCCAAAUGCCACACAAGUUGUGUUCAUGCAACGUCCCGAUUGUGGAUUAUCAGCAGUCCUGUCGCAGGCCUUUCUCCAAGUUUCGGCAUUGCUGAAGAGUCCGGAUCUACAUUUCAUACGUUUCGAUAGCCAGGCGAAUGAUCUACCCUGGGAACUAUCUAUGCCGGAAACUCCUGCUCUCAUUGUUUUUCCCCAAUCCAAUCCAGCCGAAUCUGUGGUAUUUCCCACCGAUGUGCGAGUGGAUGUGCAGAAUGUAUUUGCCUUCAUACUGGCCCAAUUGGAGCCAGAGCAACAGUUACGCAUGGUCCUAUCUAGUUGUCGGAGAAGAAUGCGUCAUGUACGGAGUUGUCUGGAUUUUGCUCGCUCCUUGGUAUUCCAGCAUGUUAGUCAGUAUUUGAAAUACUGGGAGAUCUAUGAAAAGGAGCGCGAUCUAAUCUUAUCCCACCUCAAGGAAUUUAAUGAACUGCAUAUAGCCAUCGAAAGUAGUAUUAGAUUAUAGCUUAAACAAAUGAAUCCUCUAUAGAUGAAAGACAUUUAGAUAUAAGAUUAGAGUUUAACAACCAGUGAACCAACCACUUGACUGUACUCAAUAAGCCAAAAGUUGUUUUAA